AUAAAUAUUAUUAAGUCCUAAGACCGGUCUAGUCCAUAUCCGGUUUCCAAAAAAAUAUGGCGGACGUCGAAGGUUUUCGAGAAGAAGCAACUCGCAUUAUUCACUCUUUAUGUAGAAAUUUAAUGACGCAAGAUACAGAUGCAAAUUUGUGUGAAGCUAGUCUUAUCACUUUGACAGCAUUAAGUCGGAAUGCACGACGUAUGUGUACCCGUUAUCCCAUUUUUGAACGGUUGUGUGAGAUUAUCGACUCGUUGAUGUCGACAAUUGAAGAGCGAAAGAGGACGCUGCAGCCUCUCGUUGGUUUCUUCGCCGCAAAACAGACUACAACCAGAGGCAGACCACUUUACGUCAUUAGUCGAGAGCAGCUGGAGUAUCUAGUUGAAGCAGGCUUCAAACGAAGAGCUAUUGCUAGUCUGCUUCAGGUGUCAGAUUCUGUUAUUAAGCGCAGCCUCAGGUCAUAUGGUAUAAGCAUCAGAGGAAGGUACUCAAGCAUCUCCAACGAGGAACUUGACAAUCUGGUCCGAGAGAUAACAGAUGGCAAUCAGACACUUGGGCAACGAAUGGUUCAGGGACAUCUUCAGAGUCUAGGACAUCGGGUUCAAAGACAACGUGUUGCUGACAGUCUGAUCCGGGUUGACGAAGCAGCUGUAGCCAUGCGAUGGUGUCACUCGAUUCGGCGAAGGGUGUACAAUGUUGCUGGUCCAAACUCAUUGUGGCACAUAGAUGGAAACCACAAAUUGAUAAGAUGGGGUUUUGUCAUACACGGAGGCAUUGAUGGCUUCUCGCGGAUGUGUGUUUUCCUCCAAGCUGCAACCAACAACAAGGCUACCACGAUGACAAAAGCCUUCAUGACAGGCACCCAGUGCUAUGGUGUCCCAUCAAGAGUCCGCAGCGAUCACGGGCUGGAAAAUACCGGCGUUGGGGCGUUUAUGAUAGCGCAUCGUGGACCUCGUCGGGGUUCUUUCAUCACGGGAAGGAGCGUCCACAAUCAGCGGAUUGAACGCAUGUGGCGUGACCUGUUUGCCAGUGCAACAAACGUGUUUCACGGAUUGUUUUCACAUCUUGAGGAGUCUGGACAGUUGGAUUUGACAAAUCCAGUGCACAUGUGGUGCCUUCAUCACGUGUUUGUGCCUCGUGUCCAGCGAGCGUUAGACAUAUUCCGUGAGGGCUGGAACUGCCACAGGUUGAGCAGUGAAAGAGGUAGAACCCCCACACAGCUCUACAUUGAGGGCAUGAUGCGCCAAGCUGGACAGGGUCAUAGGGGCAUCGACGACAUGGUGUUCCGUGCUCCGGAGGAAGACAUCCAAGACCAUACUGAAUAUGGUAUUGACGAUGAGGUCGAGGUAGCCCCCCGAGAAGACAUGAUCACCAAUGUGUCAAAUGUAGACUGUCCUCUGAAUGAGCAGGACUUCACAAGACUAACACAAACUUUGAACAUUGAGAGUGACCACCAGGGUGUGGAUUGUUUCUUGGCAUGUGUUGAGUUUUGCAAUUCUGUGUAGUGACCAAGCUAUGAUUACAUGAAACUGCUUAUAUGGUGACCAGAAUCAGAUAGUGAAUUAUCGGAUGAUGAUUGUUGUGGCAACUAGUCUAGUUGCCAUAACAAUCAUCAUCCGAUAAUUCACUAUCUGAUUCUGGGUCAUAUUCUAAUAUAGUUUAGAUUAGAAUCACCUGA